AUGACUGUCCACAACAUCAAGAGCGAGGCCGAGUUCGCCGAGGCCAAGGCCGAUGGCUCCCUCAUGAUCGUCGACGCCUACGCGACGUGGUGCGGUCCUUGCAAGGUCAUUGCACCCAAGCUUGUCGAGUACUCCGAGACCGACCACAAGGACGUCCGCUUCUACAAGGUCGACGUUGACGAGGUCCCCGAAGUCGCCAAGCAGCUCGGAAUCCGCGCCAUGCCCACCUUUAUCCUCUUCAAGGACGGCGCUGAGGUCGAGACCAUCGUCGGUGCCAACCCCAAGGCCAUCGAGGCCGCCCUCGCCAAGCACAAGGCUUAG